GCUGCUUGCUGGUUAUCAAUUUUAACCUAUUUACAAAAUUUAUUUGUAUUAUGUCUCUUUUCUGUGUGACAGGGUGCCAAAGCAUGUUUCCUCAGAGACAUUCCCUUUUCUGCAAUCUACUUUCCUGUUUAUGCUCAUAGUAAACUGAUGCUUGCUGAUGAAAAUGGCCACGUGGGAGGGCUUAAUCUCCUUACAGCUGGAGCCAUUGCAGGUGUGCCUGCUGCUUCUUUGGUAACCCCUGCUGAUGUCAUCAAGACAAGACUGCAAGUGGCAGCUCGCGCUGGUCAGACAACAUACAGUGGAGUUAUUGACUGCUUUGGAAAGAUUUUAAGGGAAGAAGGCCCUUCGGCUUUUUGGAAAGGAGCUGGAGCUCGUGUGUUCAGAUCUUCACCCCAGUUUGGUGUUACUUUGGUCACUUACGAACUUCUGCAGAGGUGGUUUUAUGUCGAUUUUGGAGGCCUAAAACCUUCUGGAUCAGAACCUACCCCAAAAACUCGAAUUUCAGAUCUUCCUCCUGUUAACCCUGAGCACAUAGGUGGAUACAGACUUGCUACAGCUACAUUCGCUGGUAUAGAAAAUAAAUUUGGUUUAUAUCUUCCAAAGUUUCGAUCUCCUGGCAUCACCUCGGCUCAACCAAAAAGUAGCAGCUAAAUCCUGACAAGAUGUUUCAAGCUAACAAGGUGAUGCAGUGGAAAAAAUUCACAAGAGUAGUACUGUAUUUUUUCAAGUGAGCUGCAUGUUGUUCUAGCUGAACUGAGCUUGCAAUUCUAAUUACUCCUUUCUAAUAUUAAUAUAUACCUGCAUUUAUUUGUUUAUUUGCACACAAGGAACUGAUUGAAGCUGUGGUUCUAUGCCUUGUUUUAACCAGUGGCAUGAAUCUGUAGCCUAGGUUUGCCUUGCACAGCUUGCAUUUCAUGUUACUGUACAUAUUGUACAUCUUUGUACAGAGACAUCAUGGCACCUAUACACAUAAAUUUAUAUAAGGGGUAGUGCAGUUCAAAAAUAGUUUGAAAUGUACAGAAUGUUUUGAAGGCAUUUUGUUAACAAUCGUGACAAUAAAAUAUUUAAAAACACUUAA